AUGCGCAGUGAGUUUUCUAUAUUUUUACUAAUACUGCUGUGUAGUCUUCGAGGACUCUGUGGUGAAGAAGACGUGUCAAGCUCUCCAUCUGCGCCAAAGGCGUCUGAAGCACCUCGCUCGAUCAAUGUUAUCACAUACGAGAAGGAGGCGCUCAUCUCCGGCACUCGGAUUGAAAACAUAGAAGGAGAAGAAAAUGCUUUCUUAGGAUAUACGAAUCGUGGGGCAAGUAUUGUAUUGCCAGAUCACGUAGUGCGUGUAGUAUUGUUUGGAAUUUGGCUUGAAGAACUUCAAACGGUUGCUUUCACAACUACGGAAAAUUGUUCAGCAGCACCUCUUGUUUUUGAGCAAGUGGAUUUCACUUCACAGUCGGACAAGCGUGUAGUACUGAUUGCGAGCUUUCCUGAUGUUCCUCUUGGCGAGUUUUACCGUUUGUGCAUAAAAUCACGUCCUAAGUACAAUCGUUUUCCGGCGGAAUAUGUGCAGGUGAGCUUUUCAAGAGAAUGA